GCUGGACAGGCACCACAAGUCGAUCGCCACCAGCCACUAGCUGAGCUCUAGACCAAAAAAGAAAUAAGGAUUAGAAAGGAUACAGAAUGGAUACGAUUUUGUUGUUCGGUGUGUUGCUGUUGGGAUUGGCCAUGCAGGCGGAAUGGUUGGAGGCCAAGCCCCCAUCACAAAAACCCGCACGCAUACCAUCUUUUCUCAAAGUCUGCCAUCGCGAUUCGCCAGAAUUGAAUACCUGCGCCAGAGAAUCCUUUGAAGCGCUGCGACCCCAGCUUAUGAACGGUAUUCCAGAGCUCUAUAUACCACCCAUGGAGCCUCUAGUUGUGCCGGAAGUGAAGAUGGACCAGGAUUCGGGUGCCAUUUAUUUGCAUUCUGUGUACAGGAAUGUGAAGGUCACUGGAAUCUCAACCCACACCGUCAACGAAUUGCGGUUGGAGCCCUCAAAGCUCAAGUUCAUCGUCUCGCUGACCUUUCCGAGGUUGCACAUGGAGUCGGAAUACAGCAUUAAGGGUAAAAUUAUGAUGAUGCCGCUGUUGGGCGAUGGACACUGCGCUGUGGAUCUGAAAAACAUCACAAUGCAAACGGAGCUUAUUGGCCAGGAGUACAAGGAGAACGGAGUCAAUUACCUGAAGAUCAACGAAGUGAAGGUCCAAUAUCAGCUAUCCGAUGUCAAGAUUCACCUGGAUAAUCUGUUUAACGGGGACAAGGCUCUGGGCGAACGAAUGAAUCAAUUCCUCAACGAGAACUGGAAGGCUCUGGCCGAGGAAGUGCGUCCUCUUAUGACCAAGGCUCUGGUGGACAUUUUGAGAGCCUCCGUCGAUAAGUUGUUUGCAGCUUUCAGCUACGACGACCUCCUGCCCAAGGGCAAGGCCUAAGUCCUCAAGAAUCGCAAUUCAGGAUAUCUACUAAUUUCAUUUUAAUCAUUUAAUCUUAAUAGAAACAUUAGCCUAGACAUAAGCACACGAUUAAAGGCAAAAUAAAUUAUGAAUAUAUUUAAUA